CACACAUGACGUGACGCGACAAGAAAAUACUCCUACAAUCACAUGUAGUAUCCAAUCUGGAUCCACACCAAGAUUGACGAUGUAACUGAGCUUGCCGGCGAUUCAUUGCUGGGGAUUCGUAAAUUUUGCGGUGUAUUUUGAAGAUUCCUUUGUGGGUUUGCUUUUCCCAGCAUUGAAUUUUACCUCAAUUGUUGGUUCACGAGUUCCUGAGUUUUCUGCAGGUAAUGAGGUGGACUUGAUGUUCAGGAAUUGAUUGAGAAUUGUUUUGUAUAUUUGUUGCUACAGAAGUUGCUUUUAAGGCCCAAUUUUCUGGCAAUUGAUAGCUUCAAUACUCUCAAAUUGGUCAAAGAUUCAACCUUUUGUUGUUUCUUUUGGUUUGGGAGAAUUGUGGUUCAUAAGCCAUAAACCCCAUGUUUUCUUUGUGGAUCUUGUAGAAGUUGCUAUACAUUUGAGAAGCUAUGUCUUCUUUUUCAUCUAAAGAUGCUUCUACAUUGUCCUAUCCAAAGUCACUUUUGUCUAUUGUAACUACAGUAGGAGGCCUUGCUGUGUUUUUAAUCCUUGCUUCCUCAUUUCUGGUCUCUCAACCUAUUGGGGCUGCUGUCCACGAGUAUUUUUAUGGUGUACACCAUCUGGAUAGGGUAACAUUUGAUGGCGAUGUAGUUAUUAAUGAUACAGCAAAUUUUAAUCCUAUAGCAGUAGAAAACAAAGAAAAUGGAGUUGAGGAUGAAAAGGACCAGACUUCCAAGCCUCAAGAUGAAAAGAAAGAGUCAGAUGCAAAGGGGGAAUUAACUGAAAAUUCACCCCAAACGACUAUUUUGUCAGAAUCAAAUGAUUCUGUGGCUCAACCACAUCCUAAAUUGAAGGAAGAAGAUGGGGAGAGUAACAAUUCCAGUUUGCAGAAGGAAACGAAAAAUGAAGGGUCUCUUUUGUCCUCUGAUACCCGUUCGGAGGAUGUGAGGUCUUCAUCUACUGGAUCCAACGGCAUAAAUCAGACUAAGCUAGAUCCAGAAUGUGAUCUAUAUCAUGGAAAAUGGAUUUAUGAUCUGACCGGACCAUUGUACAGAAAUGACUCCUGCCCCGUCCUGACACAGAUGCAGAAUUGUCAAGGAAAUGGAAGGCCUGAUAAGGAUUAUGAGAACUGGCGAUGGAAACCUGCUCAGUGUGACCUGCCACGAUUUGAUCCAAAGAAGUUUUUGGAGUUAAUGAGAGGAAAGACUUUAGCUUUCAUUGGUGACUCAGUUGCUCGCAACCAGAUGGAAUCAAUGCUUUGUAUCCUUUGGCAGUAUGAAGUUCCAAAAAAUCGUGGAAACAAAAAGAUGCAGCGAUACUAUUUCAGAUCCACAUCUACUAUGAUUGUUCGGAUUUGGUCUUCAUGGCUUGUCAACCAAACAUCUGAGCCUCUUGAUUUCGCGCCAGCAGGUGUAGUUAAGCUCCAUCUUGAUGUUCCUGAUGAUGGGUUCAUGCAAUAUAUCCCCCAGUUUGAUGUCGUCGUGCUCUCCUCUGGCCACUGGUUUGCAAAGCAAUCAGUAUACGUGUUGAAUAAUGAGAUUGUUGGGGGACAAUUAUGGUGGCCCGACAAGUCUAGAAAGAUGAAAGUCAACAACAUUGAAGCCUUUGGAAUCUCUGUGGAAACCAUCCUGACUGCCAUGGCAACACAUCCGAAUUUCAGCGGUCUCACCAUUGUACGUUCUUUCUCUCCCGAUCACUACGAGGGCGGAGCAUGGAACACGGGAGGAUCAUGCACCGGAAAAGUGAAACCUGCAGAGGAUGGCGAACUUGUUGAAAAUGGCUUUACAAACAUAAUGCACGAAAAACAAUUCACCGGUUACACUCGUGCUAUUAAGAAGAAAACCAACAAGUCCGCCAUACAAUUUAUGGAUAUCACAGAAGUCUUUGCAUACCGCCACGAUGGACAUCCUGGUCCUUACCGAAGCCCCGACCCAAAUAAGAUCACAAAAAGGGGUCCCGACGGUAAGCCUCCUCCACAAGACUGCUUGCAUUGGUGCAUGCCAGGUCCUGUUGAUACGUGGAACGAGUUGGUGUUUGAUCUCAUAAGGAGAGACUUCCAGAGUAGACAGAGCAAUGCUUCAUAAGAAGAAGGAUCCUUGUUGCUAAAAAAACAUUUUUUGUGCUUCUACAGCACAGCUACGGGAAAGAUUAUUUAUCUCUCUGGAAUGGAGUUUAGCUUGUAGUUACUUCAGAUCUCUUGUUGUAGCUGGUGUUGUAAUCUAUAUUUAGAUAUCCACGGUAAGAUAAAUCAUAAGUUACACGAAAUUUUCACAGGUCUCUAAGUAUGUGUGCAGGGAUAUUUAACUAAAUACAAACGCUUCUUUGCAAUAAAAUGUUCCAUCUGAUUUUUCCCUCGCCCA